ACAUCUGUUAGCUUCAUAACAUCAAUACAACUUGUAGCUAGCGGCAGUGUCAAGGUGGUGAUCAAACAGAAUCCCCAGUUUCCGUCCCUCCUGCUGGAUCUGAGCGUCAGAAUUGGGAAGCAAAGUGAGGAGGCAGCUGCCGGUGGAGCAGCGAGCCUCGUGGACAACAUGUCAGAGAGUCCGGAGAAGAGCGCGUCGGUGUCGGCUCAGGAGCUGAAGGAGCAGGGCAACCGGCUGUUCCUCAGCCGCAAAUACCUGGAGGCUGCAGCCUGCUACAGCAAAGCCAUAAACCACAGUCCGUCCGUCCCGGCCUUCUACACCAACAGAGCUUUGUGCUACGUGAAGCUGCAGCAGUACGAUAAAGCUCUGACUGACUGCAGAAACGCCCUGGAGUUCGACAGCCAGUCGGUCAAAGCUCACUUCUUCAUGGGUCAGUGUCACCUGGAGAUGGAAAACUACGACGAGGCCAUCGGCAACCUGCAGAGAGCGUAUAACUUGGCCAAAGAGCAGCGGCUGAACUUCGGCGACGACAUUCCCAGCGCUCUGCGGAUGGCAAAGAAGAAACGCUGGAACAACAUGGAGGAGAGAAGGAUCAACCAGGAGAGCGAGCUGCACGCCUACCUCACCAAACUGAUCCUGGCUGAGAAAAAGAGAGAGCUGGAGGGCUGCAGACAGAGACAAGAGGACAAAUCGGACGACGGCAGAGUUCAACACAGUCUCAAUGAGAUCCACACAAAACAUGAUAAAUAUCUCUCAGACAUGGAGGAGCUUUUCUGUCAAGUAGACGAGAAGAGGAAGAAGCGUGAGAUUCCAGACUUCCUGUGUGGAAAAAUCAGCUUCGAGCUAAUGAGGGAGCCCUGCAUCACUCCGAGUGGAGUCACGUACGACCGAAAAGACAUCGAAGAGCAUCUGCAGAGAGUCGGCCAUUUUGACCCGGUGACGCGAACUCCACUGACCCAGGACCAGCUGAUCCCAAACCUGGCCAUGAAGGAGGUCAUCGAUGCUUUUAUUCUGGAGAACGGCUGGGUGGAAGACUACUGAGGACAAGUCAGUGUGUUCAGAGCUGAACGUGAAGUCAGACAGGCUUUUAUUCUACAACACCAAUGUUUCAUGAACUCAGUGUAGUUUAGGUUGCGUUAACGAAAAACACUUUUUCCUCUUGAAUCCGUUUAAAAUCAGACUGAUCACAGAUCUGUGAGUUCAUCCUCCAAGGAUCGACACACUACAAUCACACUGAAAAAUAAUCACAUUAAACCUGGAGCUGAACAUUUCAACUGUAAAUAAAGAUAAAUGUUGUGUUUGCUGGCAAACAGAAAGAGACGAAACUUUACACCUGGACAGUAGCUGGAAUCAGCAGGUGGAAGGACCAGUUUAUGUUUUAUAUGUUGAUCAGUAAAUUUAGAUUCUGUGCAGGUUUGUGGGGGGAAAAAAUGAAUUCUGACACUGUUACAGGUUUGAUUUCUGUCUAAGUUUCCAGACUUUGUGUCGCCAUCUUUUAUCAGCAUCAGACAAUAGUUCGUAAACUGAUAUUUAUCUCGGGUUGCUUGCUAAAUCGUGCACAAGUUUGCUGUUUUAAUGUUUGUUUCAAAUGUGUUAUUUACUCUCCAGCUUUAAAGUCUGAUGAUUUUCUGCGUUUGUUAAAAGAUUUUGCAGACGUUAGAAGGGAGCAGAUUUACCAGAAAAUACAUUUUUAGAUUCAGGCUUUAAAUCAUCUGCUGCUGUUUGAAAAUGUUCCGACACAAUAAACCUUCAUGUUUUCUACUCUUGA